GUCUUAAACGCCCUCCGCUGGGAAGGAUGUCAGACGAACGCCAGCCCCAAGACUGACGUGACAUGAAUGUGAAGCUCCCUCUUCUGAUUGUCUGCCUUGCCGGCGCAGGGCGUGCGUGGGUGGCGAGGGACGUGGCCCAGAAGUACGCCCCGAGGCUCGUGUUCGACCAGGUGCAGGGCGCGACCAACAAGUGCUUCCCUUCGUCGGCGGCCGAGUACUACGAGGCGCGGAAGGCCGGCAGCGCCGACAGGAUCUGCAACGAGGACUAUGGCAGCCUGGCGGGGGGAGUGCCGGUCUAUUGGCGGGCCAUGGCGUGUGACGAGCAUGUGCACAGCAGUAAAUGUGAGCCCAUCAUAGGCAUGAUAGGCUCUGAGGCCAUUCAUAUCCAUGGUCAGACUGUACAUGCUAUCUAUCCAUUGCAAAAGCAGGAAGGCAGAACUGCUUUCGGCCUCCCACUUUCUUCCUUGGACCAGCUUUCGGAAAAAGUUGCAGUAAUGCUGGAGACUUUGACAUAUUUGGAGAAGAAUUUAGGCCACUAUGACCUAGAACAUGAUCACAAUUAG